GGUGUGUCCCCCUCAGCCCGUUUCACCGGCCGUCCUGUAUUCCAGGUGCCGGCAUCUUCAGCGUGGGCACCCGGCUGUGAUAGCUUGCGGCUUCACAGCCAGGUACCCACUGCGCAUGUGCGAGUAGCGCUGUGCUUCUUGAAUGGUCCUGUAGUCUUCUGGGACCUGUCACGUGUCCCAAAAGACUACAGGGAGGGAGGGAGGGAGAACACCUUCCGUUUCCGAUCGCCUAGGCCAGGGUGGGAGCAGGUACUUGUCAAAUUCGAGUACCCGCUCCCCCCAAAGGUGCCAAUCCUUAAUCGGGAGCGGGGGAGCAGUCCUUAAAGCAGAACUUCCCCUUUUGGGUUAUGUUAAUUUUAGGGCACAAAACGCAAUAAAUUAUCCAUU